ACCGAACUCCAUAAUCCGCAGGAAGAACAACUGUCGCUUUCGCCGGCCUUCCGGGACAUCUGCCUCAUCCUCCAAAUAUCUCCCAACACCGUGCCACAAGACAAUGGGCGUCGUCAGUCAUUCUAGGCAACGUUGAAAGCACUCUGGAGCUUCAACGACCCCACCAAAGCUCCCGCUGUGAACGAUGCCAACCCAAACAACGAAUGUACAAGAGGCGUCAGUUCCUGCUUCGCAACCAUCUAUCGGCGAGAUAUUUUCGAAGCGUGCGGCGAACAUGAAUCGGCUCCUCUCUCGUCGAGAAAAGGAUGGAGGAGCUCACAGACGGACCAAGUCAAGAGACAAGUCGGCGGAUAAGAAGACCCGGCCGCUCUCUAGCGAUGGCAUUAUGGGACUCUUUAGGAGUGAUGCCCAUAAAAAAAAUGAAAAGGACCAAGAGAAUGCCAACAUCAUCCAUUCACUCAAACAACGGCUACAUCGACGUGGCUAUUCCGGCGUUGACGAUGAGCAAAUAAACUAUGCCCUAGGCUCUGGCUUUGCAGAGGGAGACGUUGACAAGGCAUUCGAGCUUUUGGUCCUAUUUCAGGAAUCGGUGGAAGGCAUCAUCAAACGCUACGAUGCUUCUGUGCCGAUGCUUGGUGCUGUCAACCGAGGCAACGUUACUUGCUAUCUGGACGCACUACUAUUUGCAAUGUUUGCCCGGAUGGACAACUUCGAACCAAUUCUGUGCACAACUCUAGAGGAUGAGCCGAAGCGCCGCUUGUCAACUUUGAUACGUCUUUGGGUGAACAUGCUGCGGACGGGGAAGCUCAUCCCGAUAGAUAUCACCCAGCAUUUGCAAGAAGCCCUUGCUGCGUGUGGUUGGCAGGAAGCCGCCAAACUUAAGCAACAGGAUACCUCAGAAGCGUACAACUUCAUCACCGAGGCCCUAAAAUUACCACUUCUCACGUUGAGAAUGGAUCUAUACCACACCGGCACCGAGGAUGAUCCAGAUGAUCACAAGUAUAUACACGAGCGUCUGCUCGAAGUUGCAGUACCUGAUCCACCUUCAGAUGGCGGUUCCGUCUCCCUUGAGGAUUGCCUCGAGAGUUUCUUCAACAAUCAAGUUGAUGUGCGCCGUUACAUGGAUGUUCUCGAGCGUUCUAAUACCAUGUCAUCCGUACGCUCUGACCGUUCGCCCCUGUCAGAGAAAGAAUCAGAGCUAGGAGAACUUUCUCAGUCUUUGCCCAACACCCCACUUUCACCUCUCGCUCCGUCGUCGCCAUUGUCUCCGGGGAACCGGCACCGCUCUCCUAGCAUUAUUAGAAAUAUUGUUGUGGAAACUACUGAGGUGGAUGCGAGGUCAGACUCCACUGAUAAUCACAGCAGACGCGGUUCAAUUCGAAAGGGAAAGACGACAAGACGAGAGGUGUCCAUGAAAGCCUGGCAGUUUUUCAAUCUAAUACCGUGGGUGAUAGGGCAAAGCUUGCACUCGUCCGAUGGACGCAUCCCGGAAAACCUUAGCUUGUCUCCCGCUGUGACUAUAUGUCUAAAGAGAUACGGAAUGUCGAUGGAUGGAAAGCCUAUUCGCAAAAACACACGCGUUGACAUCCCACUGGAUAUUCGUUUACCACACUUCAUCGAAGACGACAGGAUUCCGGAGGAAGGCCCCAUGAUUAGGAGGUUCAAACUCUCUCUUCAGUCUGGGUUGUGCCAUCGUGGAGAAUCACUCAAUGCUGGGCACUAUAUAGCGUUUGUUCGUGAAGCUACUGCAAUACCGGACGGCGACUAUCAAUCUUCUCGAAGACAGAGUGAUAGCACUGCCCCGCCUCGGUACUCGGAGGAGAAAUGGCUGUGCUUCGAUGAUCUGGGCAACACCAGGGUGAAGAAAGUGGAAAUAGAGGAACUGUUGAAGAAGGAGAUGCCAUACCUUCUCUUUUAUCGAGUCGAACCAAUUUACGAGAUGACUCCAGCGUCUAUUUCGGAUCCUCGACUGCCUUCUUACGAUGAUUCGUUUGUCGAGAUUCAAAGCCACAAUCAGGAUCAUCAUAUAGAGGGUACAGAUAGCACUGUCGACCAACAAAGUUACUUUGACAGUGCGAGAGACGCAACUACACCAGCAAUUCGAUUAUCAGCUGAUGUUGAACGCCUUCCAACCCCCAGACAGAGCCUAAACCUCCCGGAAGACCGUCGGGGCAGCUUAGCAUUCACAGAGCCUGGUUUGACAAGCUCAAGGAGCAGCAUUCAUGGUGCUACGAUCAUUCUAGCGACUUCAGCACCAGCGACUCCCAGUGAGGAGACUGCCGCCCAAAGGAUGUCUCGAGCCGCUUCCAAAGUCCUCAAAUCUACGACGAAGAGUCGGCCAACUAGCCAGUCUGGUGAAGGUCGAAUGAGUGGCGCUUUCUCGCGACUGAAUCUGAUGCGGAGCAAGGACUCGUUGAACAAGCCAUCCGAAAACGCGAGAGAUCGUCCACCUGUCACUGACGGCAUCACUGAACCUCGUACCUCCAUCGCUAUCGACGAAGGAUCCCUGCGGCCACACGAAGAUGGAGUUGAUCGGUCGAAGAGUAAGAAGGAGAAAAAGAAACGGGAUAAGAGUCAGGGCCCGAGCGAGAAGAUAGAGCAUCCUGAACAUCAUCAUCAUUUGCAUAAAGGGAAAGGGAAGGCGAAAGAUGUUCCAGAUCGGGAGUGUGAUGUCAUGUAGAUCGGCGUUUUUGGGAUUUUUGUAUUAAUAUGGGACGGCAGGAAUUGGCAUUGAUAAGGGCACCACCUGGCGUAGCAUGUUAGAAAUGGGUCAUUGGCGGCGUUUGACAAGAGGACUUGCAGAUCAUGUUUCUGGGUAUCGCUGAAUAGCAGGCUUAGGACGGGCCCGAAUGCGUGUGGACUGCAUUGGGUCAACGAGACCUGUAUGGGUAUAGUUGGAAUUACAACAAAACAUAUGCCGGUGA